UAUUAUAUUAACGGAGAAAAUUAAACUGAGCAUCUUCUUCACUCUCUCUCUCUCCACUUCUCAGAGACGCAGCGUUCUAAAACCCUAAUCGGGUCUGUGCAGAGAGAGCUUUGUGGCAUAUACUCAAAGGUAUGAUUUAAACGUUGCUUGUUUUGUUGUUCCUUUUGAUGUCAUGGUGGCAUUGGGAUGCAACUUGUAUGUGAGCUCAUACUAAGGGAGCUCAUCUGCUAAGUUCAUUUAAAGAGAAUGUAUGGAAGAGCAUCAGGUCUUGAUAGGUUUAAGAAAGCUCAAACUUUGGAACCAUUCUCUGUUUCUGUCAAUUCAUCUUCAAGAAAUGGUGCCCAAACCUCUAGUAAAGUGCCACCACAGUCUCAAACUUCUGUCCACCAAUCCCAACAUCAGCAACAACAUGCUUCUCAGAAAGAUGUAGGAGUGGAGGCUGCCCCAUUGUUGGGGCAGAAUCAGCAAACUCAGGUGGGAGGAGGGCAAUCAACAUGGCAGCCGCCGGAUUGGGCGAUCGAGCCGCGGCCGGGUGUUUUUUAUCUGGAAGUUUUGAAGGAUGGCCUGGUGCUAGAUCGGAUUAAUCUGGACAGACGGAGGCAUAUCUUUGGAAGGCAAAUCCAGACUUGUGAUUUUGUGCUUGAUCAUCAAUCUGUCUCUCGACAACAUGCUGUAGUCAUCCCUCACAAGAAUGGGAGCAUAUAUGUAAUUGAUUUGGGAUCUGCUCAUGGUACAUUUGUUGCAAAUGAGCGAUUGACUAAGGAUUCACCAGUUGAGCUUGAAGUGGGACAAUCUUUGCGGUUUGCUGCAUCAACAAGAAUAUACAUAUUAAGAAAGAAUGAUGCGGCUCUUUUCCCUCGUCCUCCACCACUCACUGAGAUUAAUUUCCCUCCACCUCCUGACCCAUCUGAUGAAGAAGCUGUUGUUGCUUAUAAUACGCUUCUGAAUCGUUAUGGCAUCAACAAGUCUGAUCUAGUGCCCAAAUCUAGUGAGUCUGGUGGUUCAUCAAGUGGCAAAAAUAAGGAUUGCCAAUCAGAAAGAGCUGCUAAGAGAAUUAAGAGGACAAGAGUUUCCUUCAGGGAUCAAGUUGGUGGAGAGCUAGUUGAGGUUGUUGGAGUUUCAGAUGGUGCAGAUGUAGAAACAGAACCUGGUCCAGUUGGUGUUAAAGAAGGAAGUCUUGUCGGUAAAUAUGAAUCUCUUGUACAGAUUACUGUAAUACCAAAGGGAAAAGAGCAGUCCUCCUCUCUUAAGGAGACAGAUUCAUCCCAACAAGGUGUGACUGAUAAACUACAAGAAGUCUUAAAAAAGAUCAAAACCCCAAUUAAAACUGGGAUUUAUGAUGACCUUUAUGGAGAAUCAUUAUCUGUAAAUGUUGGAUCUUCCUGGGCCUAUUCACCUGUCAGUACUGGGGAACGAGCUCCUUUGGCUAAGGAGGAUGGGGAAGGGAAUGCAUUAAUUGGAAAAUCAGACAGUAAUCCAAGCAGUUUUGAUGGAGAUGAUGAUGAUUUGUUUGGGUGACUAUUGAACCUCGUCAGAUUGGAUUGUGGAUUAGAUUUGUGGUAGUUUUGUAUGAGUUUAACAUCAUAGUGAGUUGAAAACAUGCGAAGUAUUAUGCUGCAUGCUUCUUUUAUCGUCUGGAGCUAUUGUUCCAGUGCAUCCGUAAUUAGUGUUCUCCACUGCAUUCUCCACUAACUCUAAUGGUUAAAUGGUGUGUUAUCCUUACAUUGAGCCAUUAAAUAGUUCAUUCAAGUAUUGGUCUGUGGGGAAAAUUUUCUAAUAUGCAUGUUUUGAUAUGUAAUCUGUACAAGGAUUGACCAGAAAGCACAUGGCCAAGGAGAAGUAUAUGAUAAUGCUGCCGGUUAAUUAUGUUGCCAUACUUGCAUUUGUGUAAUA